AUGGUGAAGCAUUUCAGCCACCGCCAUGAGUUGUGCUCAUAUCAAGUGCAAGAGGAUGAUGAAAUCAUUUGCUCCAGCUGUGAGCUACCUCUAGACAGUACUUCUGCUUAUAAAUGCACCAAGUCCAAGUGCAACUUUUACCUCCACGACUUGUGCUUUGAACUUCCCCAAGAAAUCAAACACAAGUCUCACCCCAAACACCCUCUUACUCUCUCCACCCCUCCCUAUGAAUAUGGUGAGUUCACGUGCGAUGCAUGUGGUGAAUUUGACACUUGUUUCACCUUCCACUGCACCCAUUGCAAAUAUGAUCUCCAUGUUCAGUGUGCUACUUUGCCUGAAACCCUGAGCCAUCACCAUCAUCACCACCUGCUCACUCUGCUGUAUUCUUUGCCAGAUCAUCAUGAGAAUGAAGGCAAGCUUAAUAUCUGUGAUUUUUGUCAAGGCACUUUCCCUCGGGGCUGCUGGCUCUACUCUUGCAGAGAUUGUGACUAUAGUGUUAGUAAAGACAAAGACAAAACAUAG